CAGUAAUUUUCUAAAAUACUCGGUAAACCGAAGACGUGGUUCAAUAUUAUAUAUUUUUGUGCCGUUGUAAUAAGCCAGGUCAAGGUAAGACCACGAGUUGCCGACAAGUUCACGUAGUUCGGUGUGUUGUGUUCAUAUUUGCUUUAGUGACGCGAAGACGACUUCAAGAACGUCUGCGCAGAAAUAGGCGGAGCGCCAGUGUUAGUCAACGCAACGCGACUUGAUCUUGCUGUUAGUAGUGGAUCCGAAUAGGCUGACUUCAACAGCUUUGGCUUAGUCCGCUUACUUUAAGGUACUUGGUGAUUCACGCAAGAAGAAUAUCGAAUAUUUUAGGGGCUCCGGCUACGCUCGAGAUGACAAUGAGCGCCUCUGCUGUAUUUGACAACCGGAGAGCACAGCCCGCGGUCAGCAAACAAGUUGGACGAGAAAGCGGCACAGGACCUUUUUACUGCAAUGCUAGUUUAUUUUAAGAGCUAACUACACUGUUCUCACAAUAAGCCUUUGUAAGCUGCUGAGGAAGUCGCUUAUAGGUCUGAUCGUGAAGAAGAUUGUGAAGUGUGCGCGCGCGCGCGCGUCUGUGUUGGAUGUGAGUGGACCAUGGAGACACACACUGAGGUGCUUCUUGUCACCGCAAACGUGGGGUCACUCUUUGACAAUGUGAGUGAAUUACAAAAUGAAUGGCUACAGGAAUUAUACAAGACCAUCCGCACGUAUCGGCCACAGUUCAUCGCCCUGCACUUUCAGGAGGUGGGGGGGAAAGAGUACAUGGUCAACAUGGGCCACGCUGAAGAAUUCUUUUGGAGCAUUGAAUCCAGUGAAGAACUAAAAGACUUUGACAGGCGCUGCAUUUACGUGGACAACCAGUUUCAAGCAGAAGAGCGUUUCACGGCAUUGGGCAGCAUGUACUUCAUCCACAAGUCAUUGAAGAACAUCCGCCAGUAUGACUUCAGAGUUAAGGACUUUAAAGCAGUGCCGGCACUGGACAAGUAUGUGGGUUCUCUGGAUGGGGUCACCGCUGUGGAAAAAGAAAAAUUCCCAAAGACUUUCUGGCCUGAUUUCAAGUGGUCCAGGAAGGGCUUCAUGAGGACCCGCUGGCUCAUCCAUGACCGAGGGCUGGACCUAGUCAAUAUCCACCUGUUCCACGAUGCCUCCAACCUCAUUGCCUGCAACUCCAGUCCUUCUAUUUACUCUGCCAACCGCAAAAAUGCACUCAAACACGUCAUCAACAGGAUAUCAGACAACUGCCACACGCCAAUGCCUUUUUUCCUGUUUGGAGAUUUUAAUUUCCGUUUGGACACUCUAAGUCUAGUCCAGCAUCUGUCUACCUCGGCUGAAGUCCAGACCGUAAAGAAGGACAGCAGUAAUGAAGUGGAGAAAAUCAUUUGUGAGGAGAAAGCUGAUCGCCAGGUGCUUCUACUGAUCGAGGACAAGCUCUUUGCCUACCUGUAUCAGGCGGUGUUCAGAGAAGACAAUGGCAAAGCGCUGCUACAAUAUGACAAAGAAGUCACAGCCUUCCACGAUGUUGUUAGAGAAGAGGAAAUCCAGUUUCCACCCAGCUACCCCUACAGUGAAGAGUACACUAAACCAACCCAGUACAUGAACACCCGCUGUCCUGCAUGGUGCGAUCGGAUUCUGAUGUCACACACUGCACAACAGUUUAUCCGCAGUGGCACUGAUGGUGAGAGGAGCGUUAUUUAUGACACCGUGGGCCCUGAUGUUUGCAUGGGGGAUCAUAAGCCUGUGUUCUUAUUCUUCGCACUGAAGGCAAAUGAGCAUUGACCGGGGAUCAUCUCUGUGGUAAACCAAGAGACAUUAGCUAGACGGGGCCUGCAGUGUUGCCGUAUGAACUAAGAUGAAGUAGAAGCGGGACAGCAGCUCUCCUUUGUGUCCAUGUGCCAUCAGCACCUUUCACUGAUGUCUUUUACAUCCUCUCCGCUGUCAAUCUGGACCCACAACACAGUGGCUCACAUUUCCCACUAUAUGGCCAACUAGGGAGAAAUACAUCGUACCCGACAUAAUAUUGGCAUUUUUAUGGCCAUGAUUUUGUUUUGUUUUCUUGAAAUUAACCCUAUUUAGGAUGAAAGGCUUUUUAAUGAGGCAUUUAACAGUCGAGACCAUUUUGUUCGCUUAGACAGGAUAAACCGGGACAAGUUCAUGAAUGUGCGGCUUCAUAAAACAUAUGAAGUCCUUUUUAGGAAGUCAGUAUCGCAUACUGUACAUAACGUAAAAUUUGGUUGGACACAAAUUCACACAUCAAAUUUGUUCCUUAAAAAUGGGCACCCGCACACGUUUCCUCUAUUCCUCAGGUGUCUUCUCAGACUUGCGUCUUCUACUCAUCUUUCUUUUUCAUUUUCCUCAAACGCCAUUAAAUAUUCUUUCCAUCGUUCCGGCACGUUUGUGUGUGCGUGCGUGCGUGUGUGUGUGUGUGUGUGUACGUGUGUGCGUCCACCAUUUAAUUGUCAUAAACUCAUUAAGCAGGUUCUCACAGACAAUCUAUUUUUGUUGUGUGGGUGUGUGUCUGUAAAGGUGCAAUAACAACAUUCUCUUCUGGAAACUGGCACAAUACCGAAAGUGGAAAAUAAAUGAAAUUAAGACCUUGAUUCAGUUGAAGAAAAUGCCUGUUGCCCCUGAUCUUCCAGGCUCAAGACCUUCAGGUGACAUUCUCACAAUUUUUUAAGCAUAAGUGAUUAUUGACAUACUCUCCCCAGUUGGACUUCACCACUGCACCUCGAAACAUAUUAUUAUUAGUCAGACCACUUUGCUAUCAUGUGUUCAGAACUCUAUUUUAGAAUUCAAUAACGGUACCAUUUUUAACAGUUAACGUAUUUUUGUUUCAACUGUAAAUGUGUUUUUGUUUUGGAUUUUUAUAUUUCUAGCUAUUUACGCAUUUUAUUCUCUUUACUGUGGCUGUCAUUUCACAAAAAUAAUUUCAGCAGAUGUUUUAUGUACUGUAUGUUUUUGGGAGGGGCAGAAUGGGGGGGGAGACACUGUACUGUAGUAUGAUUCGUUGAAAGCAUGUAACAAGUAUUAUUUUUUUAAAUUCACAUACAAAAGUGAAAAGUGCUUUUAAGCGCUCAAAAUUCAGACACGUGUGUUGAAAAAUGAAACUGUUUUUAAUUUUCUUCUUUAAUUUCUUUCUCUGCCAUUGCAAACCUGUUAACAUUUCUUAUAACAACAUAAUUUCUUUAAGUGUAAUAAAGAAAAAGUCACUAACUACAUUUGAAA